AUGUUGGGUGGCUCAUCUUCAGCCUAUCGACGAUAUCUUUUGUGGGUUUCUUAUGAUGGUUCAAAGUUUACAGGAGUAGCUGGAAUUGAAAAUGGGAAUAGCGUCGUUGGAUUUAUUGUUGCUGCUUUGCGCCGAAUAUUUCCAAACAGUAGUGAAAUAGUGAAAGCAACACAGUCUAGUAGGACAGACAGUGGUGUUCAUGCAAAUAGUAAUGCCCUUUGCGUUCAAGUACCGGCGGAAGGCAUUGGCAGUAAUAAGGAAGAACUGUUAACGCAAUUAAACUUUCUUGCUACAGACUGCCUUCCUGGUUGCCUAAACAUCUUAGAUGUUAGAGCUGUUUCAGAUGGAUUCUGUGUUAGACGACAUGCACUCUAUAGAGAAUAUAAAUAUAGACUCCUUGUCGCUCAAAACGAAAUUGCUUGGGAAAUGGGAAGAUCGGCUUCUCUGACCUCUUUCGCAGAAAAAAAUUAUUCCUGGAUUUUGCGUAGUGGUUUUGAUCCCUACAAGGCUUCAUUUGCCUGUCGUUUCUUCCAAGAUACGCAUAAUUUUGCUUCGUUUAUGAAAUACCCUUCUAAGGAAAAGAUGAAGGAUUUGGUGGUUCCAUCUACCACCAGAAAGAUUCAAUAUUUCAGUAUAGAUUCCGGUCAUUCUAAGUAUGCCGGUGAUGACGGGUUUGACUGUUAUGAAGUUACGAUAGUAGCAAAGUCUUUUUUGCGGCAACAGGUUCGCCGAAUGAUUUCUGUGUUAGUAGCCUAUUCUUAUGGAUAUAUUACUUUGGAGGUUUUUAAAUCAUUGUUGGCUGAUCCGUGUCCCCAAAAGUUCCAUAACUACGGAUUUAAACCUGCUCCUGCGGGAGGUCUUUUUCUAGAGAAGGUUGUGUAUGACGAGAGGUCGUUUUUAUAUCCUGUUCCGUAUAUGCAGGGACUUUGGUCAGGUGAAGAUUUACCAUCCAAUGGGUGA